AUGGAGAGAGGAGGAACAUGGUCCCCAAGGGGCCGGGAAAGUCAUCGAGAUAGAUCAUCUAAUUCCAAUGAAAAGACAUCAACAAGGCCCCCCAUCGGCUUAUUCACUGAGAACUCAGAUGAACUUUCUGAGAAAAGGAGGGCCAGAUUUUCUAACAUGGAGGGUAACCGUUCUAACACUUAUGGAUACGUCAGUAGAGGAGAGGACUCACGCUUACAAAAGAGUGCCAAGGAAAGAGAAGACUUCUUCAAUCAGAUACUACAGCAAUUCAUCAAAUAUUGUGACUCUACAUCGGUCUCAUCCUUAGCGCUGAGUCUUCCGAUGCUUGUAAAAGAUACAGAUGUUCAAGAGUUAAGCUCUAAUGGUGAUUCUGGUAAAGAGACUGCGGAUGUCGACUCUAUACUUAGGUCCCUCAGGAAGUUGAGAGAAGCUCUCUUGCAUCUACCUGCCAAUGCAUUUACCAAGAAAGUGUACUUAUUCUCAAUUAGGGUGAGCACUAUGGUCGGCCAUUACCAUACAUAUUUGCCUAGUAUAAUGUUUCUACUUGAUCUGGAAUUGUUGGACAGGGACGAGAUAAUUGAAAUAUCCACUCUAUUGAUAAUCCAUUUAUCACAUUUCAACAAUGACAACACCAAUGCUCUAGCUUAUUAUUUCAAGUACACCCCAGGCGUGGAGGUAUUACUGAUGUUGAAGUGUUGGAUUCAUAAAGACUAUUACAACUGGAUUAGAUUUUAUAACAAAGAAUCCGAUACUUCAAGAUUUAGGUUAAUGCAAUACGGUUUGUCAGAAAUGGUACGAACCAUGAUACAGAGAAUUGGUAGUUCUUUCUACAACUACGAUUUGCAGGAUUUGGAGGCGAGUCUUCCAAAUGGAUUGGACUGGCAGUCUUUGGUGCGGGAAUAUGAUGUUAAAUGGAAGCAUGAGGCCACUAAUAUUGUCAUUAGGGAACGGAGGCGAUGA